AUGGCGACAUCGUUGCCACCCUCAUCGUCUGCCAGUGCCAUUCCUUCUUCAUCCUUUGUUUCGACAGCACCAGUCAUGACAAAUGCAGUUGAAUCUUCGCAACAUAUCGAAUUAGACCCUCAGACUGACCAUGAUGACUCAGAAAGCUCUCGUACCGUCGCAGUUCCACGCUGUAGUACGUGGUUUGCUAUGGAUAAAAUCAAUCCGAUUGAAAAGCGUAUGCUGCCUGAAUUUUUUGGUGUCAAUGCCGCUAAAACCGCCGAAUUGUAUUUGAAAUACCGCAAUUUUAUGGUCCAUGCAUACCGUCAGCAGCCGAGCGUCUACCUCACGGCAACAGCGUGUCGUCGUAAUCUAGCGGGUGAUGCCUGUGCAAUCUUACGAGUACACGAGUUUUUAACCCAUUGGGGAUUAAUCAACUUUCACGUUCCACCUCAUGCCAUGCCUCCAGCAGUGCACCCAAAUUAUGCGCUUAAAAGUGUUGAAGAGACUCAUAUUAAAGAAGAAAUGGGACCGGUUGCCAUGUUAGUGGCUGCAACAAAAGAGAGUGGUCAACAAGCAAAUAAACAACUUUCGUGUGAAGUCUGUGGUACUGUGCGAGAAUCAAAUUUAUCAUUUUUUGAGUUGACACCAGAAGUAAAAAAGAGAGUCAUGUGCAACGGUGCCACAAGUGGUAAUGCAACACCAGUGGCAAGUGGCAAUCCAGGGGAUAAAGAAUUAACACUGGGAGGAAUUGCAUUGCGACCUGGAAGUGGCAUUUGCGAACAUUGUUAUGUUCGAGGUGCAUUUCCAGAAGGAUAUGAUGCUGUUGAUUUUAUUUUAAUGCCAUCGUUAGCACGAAAUGAAUUAUCAUGGACUCAAGACGAGACAAAUGUCAUGCUUGAAGCUUUGAGUAAUACGCGACAAGAACAAGAUGAAAGUUGCGAUUGGAAUUUUGUGGCAUCAAAAGUGGGUACAAAAACGGCGAAAGAGUGUUUAAUGCACUUUUUAGAAUUGCCCAUACUUGAUCAAAUGGGUAUUUCUAAUCAGUCUUUUAAACCUUAUAAACCAGGUGAAGUGCUAAAUGCACCAGUUUUGAAUCUUGUUGCACUUGUUGAGCAAGUGGAUCCAUUUGUGGCGAAAGCAGCGGCACAAGCAGCAAUUGGUGCAAUCAAACGGCUUCAUACCAUGCCAAUAAUCGACACAAUCAAGAACGAAAAUAUCCCAGAAACAACCAAUGAGAAUGCAUCGUUUGAAGCUGCAUCGAAUGCAGUAGCAUUAAGCUCACAGACAGCUGGAAUUGCAGUAAAAAUUAAAUCGGAAGAUGUUGAUGAUGUGAUUGUACCUGUCAAGUGCAUUGAUGAUAGUAAAAAGGCACAAAUUCCGAAAGAAGUAAUUGCAGUAAGUGAAGAAGCAGCAAAUGCAACAACUGUUGCGUUGUUGGCCACACGAGCGCAACAAAUUGCAGGGAAUACGGCAAAUGGACCUAUUCGAGAAUUGGUGAAUCAGUUGCUUGAGAAUCAAUUGCAACAAAUUGAGCUGAAAAUGGAGCAACUUCAUGUAUUGGAACAAACCAUGAUUGCUGAAAAGAUGCAAAUUGCGGAAGAAAAGUAUCAACUCUAUGUGGAUCGUUUGGCUUUUGCUCAAGAGAAAGUCAAAGGUCGAAUGACCUGA